AUGAUAACAAUUGUGAAAUUCGUGCAAUCCAGAUUUGGAAAUUUAAAAGAAGCAGGAAGACAAAGAAUAUUGGCUCACGAUUGUUCCGGCUAUAGGGCCUGGAAUAAAGAGUGCUCAGAAAUCGAGAUAGACGUUCUAUUUGACAGAUUUCAAAUUACCAACCUCACAUACAAUCCAAAGUUUGAGAGUUUGGAGCUAUUCAGCGUCAUCGGUGGAUACAUGGGGAUGUGGCUCGGUAUAUCUCUGGUGGCUGUUUAUGACUUCAUAGGAACUGUUGUAACUCUCCUUCUGGCAUACGGUCGGAAAAGACGGAAAAGGAGGCAGCACAUUUCGAAGAAAAUGAACAUCUACCAGAACUUUAAGAUCAGAGAUCAGUUUUCAAAAAACAACUAUCGCACAGUGUGGAAAAUUUGA